AUCCCGGAAGUGUGGUUGUUUACGGAACGCAGCGGUACCUCAACAGAAAAGCACCUUGUCUUGUUCGAUUACGGCGAAAUCUGGAAUUUGCGCGUGCCACAAAGCAGCAUUCUGCUGUUGACAUAAACUCUAUGCAAGUAAAAUGUGGCAGUUUUAUGUCUCCGGUCGUUCAUCAUCAAAUGGUAGUUUUCAAAAAAAAUAUGCAGCGGGCUUGUUGGCUAAUACUGGCGUUAUAACGACGCUAUAGUUUGUUUUACAUAAGGUUCAGGGUAAUGAACACAACCACACUGUCAUUCUUAAUCAAUAGUCGCUAAAAUUGGGAGGUGAGAUUGAGAAAUUGACAUACAUUCAGCGUUGCUCUUGUUAAACACCGGUCCAGAGCUGUUUCCUAUUUUGUUUCCUGUGAACUGUCCACACUUGUCACGACAUCAUUGCCGUAAUGGCCGAUACUGUAGUGACAUUUCAGUCUCAGCUCUCCGGUGUCAUGGAGACAGUCUUCAAGGCUGCCAUGUACGAGAUUACCCGGCUGGUGGAGGAAAGUUUUUUGGAAGAGGUGACGCGGUGCAGGGAGCAGGUCGAGACUCUGAAGAGGCGACUGAGGUGGUCAGAGUGUCGACGCAAGGAAAGAGAGGGAGACAGGAGGCCGGGGCUGAGGUGCUCUGACUGCGGUAGAGUCGGGGUUUCUGAUGAGGAGAGACCCAGAGACACGGAGAGAAGCCUGAAACAAGAGAGUGUGCUGCAAGAGGGAAUAAGUGGCUCUCAGGGCACUGAAAAAGAGACAGCUGAUCAUGAAGUGGAUGAGUCUCCUGGUGUACAAGGUGAAAAUCUGGAUAGACUGUUAAAGGAGGAAGCCCUUCACAUCCCACCAGAAACCACUGAGUCUCAAGAGAGAUGGGGAAUUCAUUUGGAUGAAACGGAUACAGCAGGUGUGCCGGGGCCCAGUAAACGUUACAGUGACCAAAAGAUCCCAAAGUGCCAAGUGAACUGGGAAGCUGGCUUUGAGCAGAGAGUUCAAUCAGAGCAACAAGGACACUCAGGUGACCCAUCUGAACCUCUUUUCCAGAACCGAUACAGCAUGGAAGGCUUGGGCGACAUUGACAAGACUGGCUAUGACGAUGCCAACAUGAUAGAAAUGGGUAAUUUAGAUCAGUUACAAGGAUCACCAUCCCACCUGGGUGAGGAAUUGAAUUACAUGGGACAUUAUGAGGGGGAUGUAGAGGCACCUGAAGGAACUGAGCAUCAAAUGUACCAGACAGGUGGAGGUUCACCUGUUGGCUCACCCUCAAAGACUAACAUUGAUGUAGGUGGAGAAUUCAGCUGUUUAUUGAUUAAUGAGGAAGGAUAUCUACAAGACCCAAGUAUACUGUACUCAGGUGAUUCAGGAGGCAGAUUCCAGGGCCAGGGCUUUCAAAAUGACCAGUCUUUAGACGGCACCAAGGAUAUCUAUGGGGUCUCAGAUACAUACAGUGAUACCUUAAACCUCGGAGGGAGGUUACAGCAUCAGGCAGCUGGGAGAGGUGGUAGGAGACACACAUGUCAUCAGUGCUGCUUGUCGUUCCCAGAUUCCACCUCUCUUAAGGCUCAUAAACAGAUGCAUAAAGGCCCCGGACAAGGGUCACCAUACUCCUGCACCCAAUGUGGAAAGACAUUUACCCAAGCCUGUAACCUCAAAGUCCACCAGAGGAUUCACUCUGGUCAGGGGCUCCACCUUUGCAGCCAUUGCGGUAAAAGUUUCCCUUCCUUCUCUGAUCUUAAGAUGCAUAAAUGUGGCCGGACAGCUGACAAACCGUAUUGCUGCACCGUUUGUGGGAACAAGUUCAGCCGUCUCUGGAAUCUGAAGCUCCAUCGCAGAAUUCACACACAGGAAAAACCUCAUCGCUGCACAAUGUGCGAUAAGAGCUUCACACGGGCGGACAUAUUGAAGGUUCACCAGCGCACCCACACAGGGGAAAGACCGUACUGCUGUGCUGUCUGUGGUCUCAGCUUCAAACGACUAGAUCAUCUGAAGUCACACCAGCGAAAACACGUGCCAGCCCUUUAAAACUAGAUUUAAAGGGCUUCCCUGCAUUUUAAAGUUUGAGUCAAGAGUGUGACAUCAUUCAAAAUUAAUUUAAAAUAUUUAAAUGAAUGUUUGUAUUUGAGUCAUAGUUGUUUCUGUAUCACUAUCGCUACAACCCAAAGUGGUACCUUGUGGUCUGGUUAUUUUCUUUUCGCUGGUUGUAAUUCACAAACCAUAUAGUUGCUGAGGAAAGUGCCAGUCAAAAACAACAAACAUCUAUUUGUUCAAAAAAAUAAAACUGAAAACACUGCGUAGUAUCAUCCAUGUGACUACAUAACGGUUUCAGAAUGAAAGUAAAAGUUUGUUGCUGUAUUUCAUCAUUGUCUGUAAAUACCAAUUCAUGAGAUUCAAUCUCAAUUCUUUUUAUGUUUGUUUUUUUUUUUUUCAAUCAAGGCAUGUUUCUGAGAAUGCUCUUUUUUAUUAUAACACAAGACUUCUUAAAGACAAAGAUAUUUUUGCACUAUAAGGUGUAGAAUGGUAUAUAGAUGUCACUUAAACAUGGUCUCCAAGUGUCUACACAACACUAAGCAGUGGUUUACUUUUAAACAGUAAAGAAUAUCUCCCCAGAGUGUAUAAAGCCUUAAAAUAAAAUUCUAGCAAGUGUGGCCCAUGUGACAAAAGGACAAGCAAUGGUUCUUGAAAAAUACUACAGAAAAACUGGCAAAGUAACGCAUAAGUACAGCAGAAACUAAUGAUAUAUGCACUGUAUAUUUGAAUUUAUUUGGCUUCAGUACCUAAGCAGACCAAAUAGAUAUGAUGCAUAUUGUUAAUUUGACCAGCAAAUCAGAAAAGAUGUUUGGGGAGCAUAAAUGUAAAAUAACUGGGAGGAGUAACAGUGGAGACACCAGGUCAGCAUGAUCAAGAGUUUGGAGGGUAAGAAGUACUCCGGAACUAGCAGUCAGCGAUAUUUCUAUUGAUCUACACCCUUUAUAGUAUCUUUACAAUCUGACCAAUCUGUUCAAUGCAAAAGGAGACUUACUUGUAACUUUUGCACAAGAAAUCAACAGUUUGCAAUUAAGAGACAUCAGUGGCGGAGUUUAAAAUAAAGACCAAGAUUAAAUACUUAAGUGAAAGAAAGUGAAGUCACACCUGGAAGAAAAAUGGACACAGUGUAGGAGAUAAAUGAAUUCAUUAAAUAAACUACAGAAAGCACUCUAUCUUGCCCUGCAUCAGGGUCCAUUACAGUUGCUCACUGACAAUACACAAUGCACCUAAAUCACAAGGUUAACACAAUUUUUUAAAAACAAUCCUGAAUCAAACAUUAUUAGUAGGGACAAGCCCUGACUGGUGAAAUGUACCUACUCAAUAUAAUAUGGUGAGUGUGGAUGUUAGACAUAAACCUGGCCCCUGUAUAAAAUGCAGCUCUUAAAAAAAGAGUCUUAAAAGAAGAAGGGAAAAAAAUCCUAAUCACUGUGCAAAAGGUUACAGGGAAAUGAAAUUAUAUAAAAAGUAAUCGGACUACAUUCUAUGCUGCAUAUAUUUGGGUCAGUGACAAAAAAGUGACUUAAUGGUGGUGAGUUUGGUACUUUUUA